CUUUGUGAGAUGGUUUUCUCUUGGGCAGAAUCAUAAGCUUGGUUGCCCAGAGGCAGAGGUACUGUGUCCUGGCAGGACUUGGGCCUCUGCUUAGAAGAUCCAAAGCACCUUCUGAGAGCUCCUAGGAGGGUCUGGGCUCAGGGCCAUGUGCUAGACAAAUCUCCUAUGCUUUCCUAUUCCAUCAGGAGUGGGUCCACGUCUGUCCUGGGGCUUAUGGCAGCUGUACCUGGCCAUGGUGCUGCUUAACAUCAGCUCGAUCAGGAACAGGCAUUCACACUGUCCCCUGCCCUCGGACCAGCCAGGGCAUGGCAGUGCAAUGGUACAACCAGUACCUCAGGGCACCGACCUCCCCUGGUGCUGUCCUGAAAGGGAAAGCCUUCCGCCAGGGUGGGCUAACCUUCUCACUCGGGAGUCUGGGGACAUGCAUCACAGCCACAACCUGCUAAUGAGCCCGGGAAGCAAGGCAGAGUGUUUGCUUGACAGGGCAAUUAAAUGAUGAUUGAUUCCUGGAACAGCUACUUAAUUCAUCAUUAACUGGCUUAUCAUAGCCGGCAUCUGUGCCAAGGGUCCCUCUGAGAACUGCCUCAAGGGAUGUGGUGUGGAGGUGAGAUCUGUGAAAUAGGAAGCUAAAUUUGCUAUCUCUUUAUUUUCAUGCCUUAUUUUGGCUCCUUUUACCCAGUACUCGCCUUAAGAACCUGAGAGUACACAUCGCAGCUGUGCAUUUCCCACUCUGCUGGGGACUGCUGCAAGUAGGCUGGGGAGCGUGGGGGGCCCUGCUCAGCCAGCUGGUUACAGGAGCAGCCGCGCACAGGGGGAUGCAGUUCAGUAGGGAGCCAGCAGCUGUCAGGCAGCAGUAGAGCUGCAGCGAUGGUUCAGCUCAGCUAGGGCACUGAAGUCUGCCUCUUCCCAGGUGUGCCCACGUUGAGCUUGUGUGUUUGUAUGUGCUUGUAUGUGCCUCCCUGUGCACCUAGCAGCAUCUCACCACCAUUACCUGCUGCCAGUGCUGCCCAGACUAGCCCCAUGGGGCUAAUGGAUAUGCAGACUAUCCAGUCUUGCUGGUAAACAGGUCAGAGUGACCACUCUUUGACAAUUUUCUCUUUUACUGCUUUCUUGCUUUCAUCUUCUGACUUCAUUCCUCUUUCCCCAAUCUUGGUUAUUAACAAGCUUUCUUUAUCACCAGGCUUGCUUUACUACCAGGCUUCCUUUUUUAAGUCCCUGUGUGGCUAAAUUCACUGUGGGAUCCAGAUAACUCAAAUGGGGUUUGGGGACAACUGCAGGGCUGGUCUGACUCUCUCCUUCCCCGCGCAUGUGUGUGCAGGGCUGGUCCUCACCCUCUCUGCCAUUCCCUCUCUAAUGCCAUCUCUAGAGGCCUGAUGGCCCUUGUCUCCCCCUGCAAACCCAGACCAUUCGGUACAUGGUCUCUAUGCGAUGUGCUGGUCUUGGUGACUGAGGAGUGGGAAGCAUCUCUAAUCCCUCUGGUACUGGGACAUCAGUUAGUGGAGAGGAAGGUUUCAGCCUGGCUGCUUUCCAGCAGGGCUGAGCACACUGCUGUAAGCAGGUUGUGACACUGGCCCUUGUUGUCCCUUCUCCACUGCUGACAAGUGCCAGGACUGGGCACUAAGGCUACAGCUGGUGGCUCCUGUGCUUAUUCAUCAGAAGCACUGUAAGAUCUUCUUCUGUACUUUUCCCCUUGUCCCUGCAGAUCUGUUAGUACCACAUCUUGCUCCCAGGGAGAGCAUCAGCCCCAGCUCCCCUAGAGUGGAAGGCAGCAAGGAAAAGAGACUUUAGUACAGGAUCUCCCCACCAGAACCACCGCCGGCAGCAUGGAAAGCGUGCGUGAGCUUCAAAACCCACUCUUGGCCAAAUCCAAUGGACACCUUCGCAGCAGCUAUUCUUACCACCAGCAUCACAGCCAGGAUUACCCCAGUCAUCGCUGCCAAGGGAAACUGUAUUCCUACAUAUUCCAAAACACUGGCAGUGCCAGGACUCACCAGUUGCUGGAUGCCAGUUCCCUGCAGCUGGCUGUUGAAGCUUUGUAUGGCCCCAGUUUCAUCCUUGUGAAGGAUGAGACUGCUCUCAAGGCCAAGGACAGCAAAAUGGAAAGCUGUGAGACCACAUUUACAGAAAGCAAAGAAGCUCCAUCCGAAGCUCCUGAAGGGCAUGAGGCACAAGGGUCUUGCCUGGUAGAGAGUGACAUCCGCAUCCAAACUGUUUCCUAUGAAGUGGAGGAAGAGGAGCUCCAGGAGUAUGAGAGCGACUCCUCCAGCGACAGCGAAAGUGAGGAUCAUUUCCUGAUGCUUCCCCCCCGGGACCACUUGGGCUUGGCUCUUUUCUCCAUGCUGUGCUGCUUCUGGCCCCUGGGGAUUGCUGCCUUCUACUUCUCCCAAGGGACCAGCAAGGCUGUCUCCAAAGGAGAUUUUCAUCUGGCCAGUUCAGCUUCCCGCCGAGCUCUCUUCCUUGCUGCGCUCUCCAUAACCAUUGGCACAGGAGUGUACAUCGGGGUGGUGGUAGCACUGAUUGCUUAUCUCUCGAAAGGGGGCCACGUGUAGCUGCCACCUGCAUGUCACAGCCAUCCCUGGCCACUGAUGCUACUGGGACCGAGCUUUCCUGAGGAGCACAGAGCACCAGUGCCUGCAAGGGCUGCUUGCACAGCAGGGCCCUGGCAUGGAUGUCCUGUGCAGGUUCUUUCUCCUUGCAGACAAACAGUAGACCCCUGUUCUCCCUGAGGCUGUGAGGUGCAACCACCUAACAACAGGGAAUUGAGCACCAGCCUGGAUGCUGGGACAAGGAGGAGCACAUUUGCCUGGUGGAAGAUGUGCAGGAGAGAAACUGCAUGCUGCUGCUGGGCUAGUGCGACCACCCCCAUCUGGGGCUACAUCUUCCCUUCUCAGCCCUGCAGCUGGGAGACCCAUUGCCCAGGCUUGGCCCAUGAAGGGCACACACAGGGAGAAGAGGGGAUAUGGUGCCAGGGAAUGACUGCUGCUUCUUCUGGGAGGCUGGAGUCCUGGUGGGGUCUCCAGACUCCUGUGAUGGGGACAACAUUCUCACUUCAGUGCCAUGGGGUGGCCUGACCCCUCAGCUGCAGUGAAGUAGGAGGACAGAGCAUGGACAAGACCAAGGGGCAUGCUCUCUGUAUCCCUCUGCAAACAGACCCCUGAUCCACAGAAGAUCCCAGUUGCUGAUCUAUCCCAAAUCAGAAACAAAGAGAAAGGCAGGCUGGUGGUUGCAUGCCAUCUCUCCCGUUGUUGAUACAAGCUGGUAAAGACAGCAAGGUUUUCUCUGUGUUAAUAGUGACUGCCAUGAUGAUCCCAAGUCAGAGCCCUCAUAAGGGUCCCAGAGUGCUGGGACUUCAAGAUUUGUAAUGGAAACCUCUACCUAAGAAGUGUCCUGGGAGGGGUGGUGGCCUGAAGGAUUCUGCUCCUUGCACUAGGUCAGGGCCCUGCACACAAAGAGGGAUGGAAAGAAAAGGCUGACAAAACCUGCAGAGUCUGGGGUGGGAGUGCUGUUUGUGAGGGGACAAGAUCCAGAUGAGACGUGGAAGGAGCCUGAGACAUGGGGUGACCUCAACACACUCCUUCCCAUGCCUUGGAGAGAGGUAUCUCCAUCCAUCCAAAAGCCUCUGGUAACAAGGAAAUACCAAACAUCCCCCCCAUACAUCUUACUUUUGCUUAUUUGUAUACUGUCAGCAGCACACUAAAUGCUUCAUAGGUGGGUAUGAAGGCAAUGGUUGCCCCAAAGGGCUGGCAUUAAGCCAUGCCUCACCCCCCACUCUCCAGCAUCCACCUUUGACCAUCCUUCCUCUCCCUGGCUCCCCUGUUGCCUCUUUCCCCCCUGCGCAGGAGCCUAUGGGCAGGCUCUGGGCAUCCCUCACCUCCUUCCCAGAGUUUCUGGGCAGGCUGCAGCCAGCUUUGCAAGGGAUGCAGCAUGUUCCUCCAGCUGGGUGCCAUUCAAAUGUACAUUUCAUCCUAAAGAAGCAUGUUAACGUCUGCGAUUGCCGUUGUACUUGAGCCAUAAAAGAGAGAAGCACAUCAGAGACCUGUACAGAAGCUGGUCUGAAAGUUCCCGUUAUGUUUUUUAACAUGGAAGAGGUAAUAAAAAAGCAGGAGUAAAGACUCUUUUUAUAAGAACGUGGAGCUGGCUAUCAAAGAGGUGAGCUUCACAACAGUGCUGUGCUCACUUAAACGUGGAGGUGUUUAUGCUAUUCCUGAAGGAAGUUAUAAUCUAGCUGGUGUCUGUGUAUCAUGGAGGGAGAUGUAUUUCAGUGGGCAACUACCACUGAGAGCAGGAUGGUGGUGUAGGCUUUUUUUUCCCUAUGUAGUUGGACAAGAAUUAGGGAGAAAAAGAGACCGGAGCAUCUCUGUGUAGUAGGAGUAUAAAUGUGCUUGAAGAGAGCAAAGAAGAAUUCAAACAUCAGGAGGAAUUAAGCAGACCUUGCUUCUGAGAGCAGACACAGAGGCAGAAUUUGCAGGGAAGGUCUGGUAUGCCCAAAAGAGACAAGGUGGCCUAGAGAGGAGUAAUAAGGGGCAUGCUCACCCAGCAUCCAUAUGACGGUUUUCAUUCCCCUCUCCUGCAUGUGCUCAGCCUUCCUGGAUGUCCAUCCCUCCAAAUAACCAAGCAAGAGCAUUAUUUCAGGAGAAGGGAUGCCAGAGGGUGCAUCUGCAGCAGGGGUGACCAGCCCCACCACCCCCCAGCUCAGUGCUGUCCCAGCUAAAUCCCUCCUUAUCUCUCCCCUUCAAGCACCCCCAGCUGGGGGCCGGGGUGGGGGACCACUGCUGAUUCUGGUCUAGGCAAAAUUAUUUGGGCCGCUAGACCAGAAUGUACAAUAAGAUACAGCAUUUGCUUCUGAAUUUGUAAUUAUUCCAGUUGGUUCCCUCCAGGGGCUUCCAAGGGUGGGGGGUCCAGCAGUCCUCAGCCCAUUUCCCGUGGGCAUUCCAUCCCUCUGAACCCCAAACUGCUUCUUUGUCUUUUUUUAAUUGGAGAUGCAUGGGGAAGGACCGGGCUAAAGGGCUGACAGAAUUAAAGUGUUUUCCACUAA